AGUGUCGGUGGCUGCGAUUACAGGUGCGGGGAUCUACUUCGUGCAUUACGGCCAGCUUGUUGAGAGAGCGAACCUGCACGAGGGAGUGCGGCGAGAUGAUCAGCUGCUCAGGGAAAAGCGGUUAGAGUUUGAGCGGCAGAGCCGACAACUGCAAGAUUCGAAAGCAGAGGAAACCGCUUCGUCUGCAAGCUUGACAAGAGUAGGAGAACCGCGAGGGGGGGGGGGACUAAACGAAGAUGGCCAGCAGCACUAGUAGUACAAUGAGGCCUUACUUGAGCAGCAUUCGGGAGACGUUGAAUACAGCCCUUUGUCUGCAAAAUUUUCCUUGCCAGGAGGUGGAGAGGCACAACAAGCCGGAAAUCGAAUUCCAGACGAGUCCAGAGCUUCUUCUCGACCCCAUCAUAAUUUGCCGUAACGAGUCCGAGAGGGUGCUAAUCGAGAGGUCGAUAAACUCUGUGAGAAUCUCGGUCAAGGUGAAACAGGCAGACGAACUGGAGAACAUUCUGGCGAAGAAGUUCCUCAGGUUUCUGUCGUUGCGUGCGGAAACGUUUGAGGUCUUGAGGCGCAAAGCUGUAGACGGCUAUGACAUCAGCUUUCUCAUCACCAAUUUCCAUUGUGAGCAGAUGAACAAAAACAAAAUCAUAGAUUUCAUCGUACAGUUUGUUGAGGAUAUCGACAAGGAAAUUAACGAGCUCAAACUAUCGAUCAAUACGAGAGGACGUUUGGUUGCAGCAGAGUUUAUGAAGCAAUUUGUGUGAUCAUCAUGCAGUUCAUUUCCUUUACAAAUCGGUCAAGCGCUGUGUUUCCUUUUUUUUCACUUUCCCCCUCACUCCCUCCCCUCCACCCCCUCCCUCCUCUAUACCCCCUACCCUCCCCUGCCACGGUCUGCUCCCUCACAGAAAAGAGGUCAUUCUCAGAGCUAAAUAAUAUGUGAUGAUGAUACAGUCUGAACUUCCAGGCGACUGGAAGCUCAAGCGUUUCGCUUGGGAUCUAAUCAGCACUUCGUGCCUCCAGGCUCAGGCUUGAUUUAUCAAAGUGUAGGUACUUGCCCUAUCAAUUUUCAUUUCCAAGC